UCCUCGUAAAUGGAAUACAUUAGCUAGUCAAGGCUGACGCGUGAUCAUUUAAUUGUGUUUAAAUCGCUAACCUCUGUAAGAUUUCCAGGCCGCACUUACUCGCUAGUUGCACUUUAAGAUAAUCGACACUCGCUGAAAAUGGACACCCGUUUCACCAGGGGCAAAUCGGCUAUCCUUGAGCGGUCGCUGACUCGGCCGAAGACGGAGGUCAGCGUUAGCGCCUUCGCCUUGCUGUUCUCCGAGAUGGUUCAGUACUGCCAGAGCCGUGUUUACUCGGUGUCCGAGCUGCAGGCUCGCCUGGCGGAUUUGGGUCAGGGCGUGGGGGCUAGUCUUCUGGACGUGUUGGUACUGAGGGAGAAGAACGGCAAGAGAGAGACAAAAGUGCUCAACAUAUUACUCUUCAUCAAGGUGUCUGUGUGGAAGGCCCUCUUUGGAAAGGAGGCAGACAAGCUGGAGCAGGCCAAUGAUGAUGACAAGACCUACUACAUCAUUGAGAAGGAGCCACUGAUCAACGCCUUUAUCUCAGUGCCCAAGGAAAACAGCACGCUGAACUGCGCGGCCUUCACAGCAGGUAUCGUGGAGGCCAUCCUCACUCACAGUGGCUUCCCUGCCAAGGUCACAGCACACUGGCACAAGGGCACCACCCUUAUGAUCAAGUUCGACGAGGCUGUCAUCACCCGUGACAAGGCCCUGGAUGGACGAUAGAGGACCUC